CAGGAAGACGAUCGAACGUGAUUUCGGCCGCGAUGGAAGAAGCUUUGCUGUAGUGUUCCAAACAUCAGCUGACCCGACCCAGACACCUUACCACCACAAAUGCCAAGAUGGAGAGACGAGAGACUUUGUGUGUAGACCUUCAUAUGUCGUAAGGCUACAGGCGAAAACAGAGGAGGACCUGUGUUUGCUGUGAGUCAGUAACGUUACUGAACAUGGAUGAUAAACAGUGAGUAGGCCUAACCUAGAUUACAUUCGACCCGACAUGGACAGGAAGCACCCUAAACUGCUCAUCCUAAGGAGAGACACAGUAGAGGGUAGGAUGGUGGCACGACACAUUGCUCUGGAGGAGGACACGCCCCUGAGCCACGCAGCCAAUCAGGCUCCAGACCUCGGAGAGGGAGCCAAUCAGGCAGACGGGGCUGAAGAAGAGACCCGUGGUGAAGAGACCCGUGGUGAAGAGACGCUGAUCCAGCUGGAGAGCGACAUGCUCCCUCUAGGAGCAGAGGUCCAGAUGCACGCGGUUUCCAGUGACCGACUCGGGAGUCUGGUUCUGGGGACAGGGGAGGGAGAGGGGUGUCUGGCCCAGGGGACAGGGGAAGGAGAGGGGUGUCUGGCCCAGGCGACAGGGGAAGGAGAGAGGUGUCUGGCCCAGACGACAGGGGAAGGAAAGAGGUGUCUGGCCCAGGGGACAGGGGAAGGAGAGAGGUGUCUGGAUCGGACGCCUGGAGCCUGGUCUGAGCCCCUGGGGGAAGAUGACGAUGAGGAAGAGAUGGAGGAGCGAGAUAAUGAACGGAGACCGGCUCCUAAGCGAAGGUGGAGGUGGAAGGUUCCGGUACAGGCUGACGACGACUGGGAAGAUUGUUCCGCUUUAGGACCGGGCUGGAAACGCAAAGUGGUGUUCCGUCGCUCGACCACCCUGCCCGCGAAGAGGAAGUGGGAUACGUACUACUGCAGUCCUUGUGGGGACCGCAUGAGGAGCAAGGUUGAACUGGCCAAAUACCUCCGUGGUGGCGUGGACCUCUCUCGUUUUGACUUCCAGUCAGGACUCUUCUUGGAUGAGAAGAGCAGGUUGAAGCAUUUGAACCACUUGGAGGAAGUUCACUCCUCUAGUACGAGCACCUCCAGGGCUGGAACCCCUAUGACCGACACCCCCAGGACAGGCACUCCAGACCUGGACCGGAACCACACCCCUGAUGGCCUCCCUGGAACUCCCCAGCGCACCCCACAGAGUCAGGCCAGCUUCCCGCACAUCACACAGUCCCCCACGGUUGUUAUCCACAACAGCCUCCCCACCACCCCUAAGCCAUCCGUGGCCAGUUUCUCCCCCUCCCUCCGUCUGGAGAAGAUCUCCCCACAGAGACUCAGUUCUGUGGCCUCUUCAAGCCGAGACGUGGUCAUCCCUCGUCUGUCUCAGUCUCUCCUGCCUCUCAGCCCGACCAAAAACCAGCUCCUUCAGUCAGGACUACAACCGCUCAGCCCAAACAAGAAUCAGCUCUCUCAAUUAGGACUACAACCGCUCAGCCCGACCAAAAACCAGCUCCUUCAGUCAGGACUACAACCGCUCAGCCCAAACAAGAAUCAGCUCUCUCAAUUAGGACUACUUCCGCUCAGCCCGACCAAUAACCAGCUCCUUCAGUCAGGACUACAACCGCUCAGCCCAAACAAGAAUCAGCUCUCUCAAUUAGGACUACAAACCCCAGAGAGGCACAGGAAGGUAGUAGUGAUCCGUAAACCGGAUGUGGAUCUGGACCCAAUCACCUCCCCUCCCCCUCAGCACCUUUCCCUGGUGACCCAGUGGACCCAGCAGUGGAGUGGAUCUAAUAUUGUGCUGAAUGGACACAGAGAAAUAGACGCAGAGAAACCAACUUGUACAGGUAGACAUGGACAGGUAGAGUCAGUGGAAGUAACGUCCCUUAGGCCAAGCUCCUACGGUGAGAGGAUGCAACAGAUGAAAACAGCCAAUGACAAAGAUGCUGAGAAGAAACAGUCCCCAAGUAUUGUGUUCAGAAAGGUGGGAGGGGAUAAAUGGGUUCUAGGGGGGAAACGACUGGAGUUCAAAGAAGAGGAAUUCGGCAACAGCGGCGCGACUCCACUUUACGCUAAGAAGAAGCGUAAGCGGUUUGGACACAAAUCAACCAAGGUCACCAGGAGACCUAGUAUAUCGAGAAAAGCCAAGAUGAAAGAAUCUGUGAAAGAACUGGAAGAAGAGGAGGAAGAAGAGGAGGAAGAAGAGGAGGAAGAAGAAGAAGAAAAGCCACAGAAGAAGAUGAGGACUCCUCAACAGAAGGUAAAAGAGGACGAAAAACAAGAGUUGAAAUCACAGAGAAAGAAGGUACAGAUGAAAGAGAAGGAGGAGGAAGUUGAGUGGAAGCCAGAGAAAAUUGUGUAUAACCACAGCGAAGGAAGUGACUCUGAAGAGGCACAUGAACCGACUAAUAUCUCACGUAUAACGGGUAAAUUGAAGAAGCGUACUCAGGGCUGUGGUCACUGUGCUCCCUGCCAGCGUACAGAUUGUGGUAAAUGUGUCUACUGCCUGGACAAGCCCAAGAACGGCGGAGCCAACAAAAAGAAACAGAAGUGCAAGUACCGCCGCUGUCUUAAUAUGCCCACCAAAAGGGACUUAAUGGGAAGCUACUUUAAGAAACACCUGACAGAAGACCCAGGUGGCCAGAGUGUUCGCAUUGGACGAGGAAGUGCUCUUCCAGGAAGUGUUCCUAUUUCACCAGGAAGUGUAGUAGGACGUGGACCAGGAUAUGUACUAUUAGGAAGGACACUUUCAAAAUGGCGUAUGAUAAAACCAGGAAGUGGAUCAACAGUUGGCACAGGGAGGGGACGUGGUCGGCCCCCUAAACACUUCACCAAACGGAGGAGACGAGUAUGGAGCCAGGGCCCCCCGAGUGAUACGACAGAGACGGACGAGAGUGACGAGGAAGAGGAACCAGGUUACACCGUUUCCACCCAGUCGUUGGAGCACAGCCCUGGGGGAGAGGAUGGAGAGAGAUGGGCGGAACUACAGGAGUACGACGACGAUGUGCCUGAACAAAUAUAUCAGAUGUCUCCAUCCUCCAUCGUGCCUGUAAACCCCGGUAGUGGUUUAUCCGAGUCAGAGGAACCCUACCCCAGCAGCUGUGUGCAGCCCUACCCCUAUCCCCAGCCCUACCCCUAUCCCCAGCCCUACCCCCAGAGCUGUUACCAGGGCGACCAUGGCAACCUCCAGUUCAUCAGGAUGAACGGCAACCAAAUUACCAUCACCCCUGGCCCCAGCCUCGCUUCUCAGGCCUCGGCAGUCCUGGAACCUGCGGUUGAACCCCCGUCCGUUAACUACAUGACAUCUGAACCAACGGCUAUGCAGCAACGAGGUCCGCCUCUACACCAGCCCCUGACUGAGCCCUCCUCACCGUACAGUAUGAGCAGGACAGAGACGGCCACGCUAGACUACACCGAGGAGGAGCAACUAGUAGAGCUGUACGCCGAGAUACCUCGAACCGUCAUCCACCUCGGACCACCUGACCCGCCAGAGGUCACAGGGUCAAAGGGCAUGCCUAGGUUGACCGCCGAGGUCAUCCACGAUGUCACUCCCGAUGAUGUCACUCCAGAUAUCACAGAGAUCUUCAGUCUGGCCGACGGCAGCGAGUCCUGUCGUGACGGGAGCGAGGCAGCUCUGUUUGGGUUCCUGAGGGCCCUGCGCCGCACGGUGCUACCAGCCCACUGGGUUGGGGUCAUGGCCAGGGGACCUCUAUUACAACUCCUCCAGUGCUCUAAACUCUCUACCAUGGCUGACACGGUUCUCCAGAUCCAACCGGGCUUCUGCUUCCAGGUGACGGUACAGGGCCAGCCCCUGCUGCUGACCCACCCCCUGUACGAGGUCCACCCUCCCCGCCUCGGAACCAUCACCCAGCUGGUCACUCUGCUGCUGGACCUGGAGACCCUGAUGGUCUGCCCCGGCUUCCCUGUCAGGCAGCCCGCCCUGGAGGACAGGGGCAUGGAGGUGAUGGAGCCGGUCCUUUGUGUGAGGGCGGCCAUCUGUGAACUGCUGGUCCCCCUGGAGGAGGAGAGGUGUGAGAGGUGUAGAGACAACAUCGUGGAGGAGGAGGACCUGGAACUUGUGGAGGAGGAGGACCUGGAACUUGUGGAGGAGGAGGACCUGGAACUUGUGGAGGAGGGGGGACUGGAAUUUGAGCUGGAGUUGGGGGAGGAUGGGUGGGUGUAACAGGGUUGGAGGGUGUGACUAGAGAGUGGGUUUUGAACCCCCGGGACAAUACUGUGUUAGCCUGCUGAGCUAAAUCCUAAACUUGUGUUAGUCCACCAAGCCAAAACUCUAGGCAGGUUUACUUGUUAUGCUAGUGUGGUCCACGGAACCACCUAAAUACAGAAACCCGAGUCCAGGUUGCUCAUCAAGCCGGCAUGGUUCAUCGUACAGGACUUUGUUUUUGGAGAACCAGGACGUGGAUGGGUACACCUCCAAACCAACGCAGAAGUGCCUGCGUAUGAUUGACAUUCAAUUUGGUGCUUUUAGAAAUAGAAUGACUAGAAAAUCAUUCUAUUCAUUGUAUUUCUAUGACUAGAAUUUUGACUUUAGUUAUGGACAUGACUGAAAAUGUCUUCCAACACAUCACGGGUCGUUUACCGUUAGAUCAGGCAGACCAGUGUUGUUUUUUACUUCUGUAUUUGACACUUAAUGUUGUUGGCAUUUAAAACAAAUGAAAGUUCUCAACACGAGGCAACUGGGAUAUCAACAUGACUACUUGUCUUUGGUUUCUGGACCAGCCAUUUUCUUCUUUUUUUUUAAAACAUUGUUUUUUUGAGUUUUGUUCAUCAGUCAUCACUGUAUUUCAUAGACUACAUAACACACACACAGACUAGUAGCAAUGUAUGGAAGAUUGGCUGCUUAACAUUCGUUUAAGAUCUAGUAACGUUAUACGUACAGUACCAGUCAACAGUUUGGACACACCUACUCAUUCAAGGGUUUUUCUUUAUGUGUAAAA